CCUUCAACCGUCUCCCAAAAGUCCAAGUCAAAGGGCUCGGCUACGCCUUCUUUUAUCUUGUGAGAUCCUUUUUCUUGUGAUGGUUGAGGCCUAGUCCUCUACUUUGAUCGUCACAAUGGCAGGCCUCACUACCAGCAUGGGUCUCUCAUUCCCGUCUUCCAUCACCGCGGCCUUCCGCGGUCUCUCCUUGACAUCGAAGCGCUCAUUCUCCACGACUCUGUCGACGCAAAAGACCAAACAACUGCCCGACUACAUUCCUCCGUACCCAUAUGGACCCAAUUACAUCUACAAACAAUCCAACAGCGGUCUGUAUGGGGGUACUAUGAUCCAAUUCGGAAACAAGAUUUCGCAAGGAAGAAAUCACGGGCGGACGAGGCGGUCAUGGAAGCCAAACGUGCGACGCAAGAAGAUACACAGUGAAGCUCUCGGAGAGGAUCUCUACAUCAAGGUUACCCGCCGGGCCUUACGAACGAUAUACAAGUCGGGUGGAUUGGAUAACUACCUUCUGGAUGACCGACCAGGAAGGAUCAAGGAACUCGGUGUUUUUGGUUGGCAGUUGAGGUGGAGGAUUAUGCAGACGCCAAAGAUCCAAGAGCAGUUCAGGGAGCAGAGAAAGAAGCUGGGUCUUCCGGAGCCUCCCUCGUUCGAGGAGUGGGUGAAGCAGAAGGAGCAGGAGAUCAACCAGGCCAUUGAGAAGGACAGAAACAUCAAGGAGGAGACGAAACCCACCAUUCCCACAAAUGCAAGCACAUCGCCUGCCUCAGAGGAAUCACGAGUCUAGAUAGCUCUCGAGUUCGGGGGCUUGGGGAAUCGGCCGAGAGGAGACACGUUAUGUACCAUUAUCAACACGGUGACGCUGCUCUAGUCAAGCGGCAUACUUUGGGACGUCGCUUGUUUUCUCACGGACACUGGAGGAGUUCGGAAGAUCAGUGACACGUCCAUACAUCAUUUCUGUCGGAAUUGUAUAUCAAACAUCUCUGCAUGUCGUUAUAAGUUAAAUUGAUACGGUUUAUUGCACACAAUGCUCGUUUGUAUCGAGUACUUAUCCAUCUCGGGAUGAGAUACCAUGCUUAGGUUCU